AUGAAUUCUUAAAUCGAAAGAAACUCUGAUCUUCCCCGUACUAAUGUGAUCUUGGUUGUAAUAACUAACAAGGCUAAUAAAACUUUGAGUCAUGAUAAAUAUUUUAAAGUUUUUAGCCCUUUCGGUACCAUAUAGAGAGUAGUUGUUGUUUUAUAAUUGUUUAGAUGCUCAUCUUUGAGAGAUCACUCACAUGGAAAACCUUUGUUGAAUUUGACAAUCCAGAAUCUGCUCUUAAGGCUAGAUCACAGAUGAAUGAUAAGUUCUUUUGUGAUGACAAUACAUUAUUAAUGAAUGUGUAUGCCAGCAAAUUAACUUAUAUUACAUUCCAAGAAAAUAAUACUGGGGGAGUAGGUAUGAGUGUAAUUAAUUGGUAGAUUACACUUAGUUAAGAAAAAAAGAGUCAUCACCUCCAAAUGAAGUUACAUAAUCUUCUUCAUCCAUUAAAACCAAUCCAAUUUCUCCUUAACAAAACUUCUAAUUUUUGUAAUCACAAAUGUAAUUCCAACAUCAAAUGUCUUAAUAAAUCUAAUAAAUCAAUUCUCUGAUGGGACAAUUACAAUAGGUUUGUGCAGAAGGCUUUGCUGCACCAUUAUAAUAAAAUACAGACCUUUAAAAUCAAAUAGAAAAGCAAUAGUCAAUUUUGAAGGAUAUUUAUGAUUUUUAACAUAAAUUCUCAAACCUCACAGACCAUUACUAAACCUUCUUAUAAGAAUAUAAUUAACUUGAUGAUUAAAAAUCUAUUAGCAUUCAAUCCAGCGGAAAUGGUAAAUAAAAUAGGAAAAAACUAACACUUCCUAAUGAUAAAAAGAUUAAAAAUGGAGAUUAAAUAGAAUUCAUACAAAGUUAUCAUGAAACUGAUGUUACUAAGGAUGUUAUGUUUCAUAGUUCUGAUAAAUUGAUUGAUUAGAUGUAGGUUUAGAAAAUGUAUUUAAGUGAAGGAAAGAGUGUUGCCAAAGCAGAAGAUCUCAAUUUCAAUGGAUUAGGUCUAAGAGAUUCAGAAGGAGAAGAUGAUAAUCUUCAAGAAUAUGAAGAAGAAUUAUUCUAAAGAGUUAAUGGAAUUGAAAAUGAAAAUGAUGAUGAUAAUGAAUUAUUUAAAUUAGUUGAUUAGAAUCAAGAUUUUAAUGAAGAAAAAUAAAAGAACUAUAAUAAAUCAAAUCAAGAUUUGUAAUCUGAAAAAAGUGAUAAUUUACUAUCAUAUCAAGUAGAAAAAUAAACUCAAAAAAAUACUAUUGAAUAAUCAUCAAGAAGUGUUGACAAUAUUGAUUAAUUAAUUAGUAAAGGUAAAUUCUAAUGUUAAAAUCCAUAAAGUACUUCCAAAAGUCAGACUUUGUAAUAAUAAUAAGAAAAACUUGAAGAAUAUGUGAAUCCACUCUUUUUUAAAGGUUUCUUCAUUUAUUGAUUUUAUUUAGCUUUACGCAAAUCUAAAGUCAUUUAUGCAAGAUGGUUCGAUAAAAAAGUUGUCACAUCCGCUAUGCUUUACAAUAUAUUUAGUAUCUACGGCAACAUUGAUAAAAUGAUAUAUCUGAAAGAGAGAUCAAGUUGUCUCAUUCAAUAUGUGUAAUAGGAUCAUGCAGCCAUUGCUAAAGAUGCUUUGAAUGAUAUCAUGUUUUAUGGAUAAUAAAUCAAAGUAUCUACCAUUUGUAAUUAGAUCUUUUUUUCAAAUUAUGAGGAAAUAUCCUUAAAGACAUAGCCAACAAAACCAGGUGAAAUAGCUUCCGAUCUUAAAACUCAAGAAGAAUAUUUUUAGGGAGGAGAAGAAACUCACCGCAUCAAACCUGAUUCCACUUAUACUCUUGCUCCACCAUGUGAUACAAUCUAAGUUUCUAAUCUUACAAGAAAUUCUUGUCAAAAUUCUAUAAUGUAAUAAUAUAUGCAAGAUUUUGGAUAAAUCAAAGCUUUGAAGUAUCAAAUAUUUAAUAUAUAGAAUUCUAUCUACUGGCAAUAAGUAUUUAUGUAUCCUCAAAUAUGCAACUAUUGAGGUGGCAUUGACAGUUUUGGCUAAAAUGAAUGGAUUAGAAUUGGAUGGAAAGUAAUUAUCUUUUGUUAUAUAAAUAUAGACCUAUAUAAAUUAACUUUUCUAAACAAAAAUUAUGAU